AUGUCGGGGUGUGGACCCUGGUCCGGGGGGGCACCAGGGCUGAAAUGGAAACCAGCGGGCAGCAAAGAGGCGCUGCAUGCAGGGGAAGGCACGGUCAGCCGAUGGGCGAGGGAAGGGACGGGGCUGGCUCAUGGGAUGAGUGCCCGCCUGGGUGCCGGCAGCAGCAGAAAAGCACACACAGGUAUAGAUCACCAAAAUAUCCAGAAACUGCGAGCUGAGGAGGUUCAGUCCAAGCAGGCCAUGAGCGUCCCGGUCUCGGUCCUGCUCACCUUCCUGGCGCUGUCAGCCUGCCAGGGCCACACGGCCACUCAGCUGCAGACCGCCAACUUUCUGAAGGAGAGCAUCAUGCUGCUGAACAAGCUCCUAGAGAGCAAGGUUUCCUGUAACAAGACGAACGUGCCAAGUAUUUUUGCAGGCGAUAAGAAAGACAACGAUAUAGAAACCUUAUGCAAAGCCACCACGGUCACUUUGGAGCACCAGAGCUGCCACAAGUACCUGAAGGGCAUUCACCUCAACUUGGUCCAUUUCGUCCAAAGGAAGAGCACAGCCUACAAGGCACCAUGUCCCGUAGCAGCAGGCAACACUACUUCCCUGAAUGAUUUCCUGCAGGACUUACGCAGACUCCUCCAACAACUAGUAAAAGGCUAG